AUGUCGGAUUUCUGGGCAGGCUACCUUAGUGGUGCCCUUGGAAUUGUCAUCGGAAAUCCUCUCGACGUAAUUAAGGUGCGGCUGCAGGCCGGCAAUCGCACGGAUGCAUCUACUACGUCACAUCUGAGCCGAUUCGAGAAGGCGAGCUCCCUCGUUCGAGGUGCGGCCGCUCCGAUUCUGGGAUAUGGAGCGCUUAACGCUAUUCUUUUUAUGACUUACAACCGUACAUUGAAGUCGAUUGAUAGCUCCAUCACUGACACGACCAACCCAGAUGGUGUGUCAUUGUCCAAAAUCUGGAUCGCUGGUGCUGUUGGUGGCAUGGCCAGCUGGACUGUGUCUUCGCCAACUGAGUUCAUUAAGUGCCGUGCGCAAUUGGACUCCCGGCCGGAGGUAUCGUCUUGGACCGUUGUCAAGGACAUAUAUCGCCACCGUGGGUGGAGGGGUCUGUAUUAUGGCGGAUCCAUCACUGGAGCGCGGGAUGCAAUUGGUUACGGAUUCUAUUUUUGGUCUUACGAAUUAUGCAAACGAUUGAUGACAACCAAUAAUGAAAGUUCCAAUCAAGCUGCACUCAAGGUGCUUCUCUGCGGUGGCAUUGCAGGCAUUGUCACCUGGGGCUCGGUCUUUCCACUGGACAUGGUGAAGACGAGACUGCAGGCGCAAACUAUGCAUGACCAUGUGGGGGAGGCGGCGGAGGGACGUGCUCUACUUGGACGUUCUCGGCAGACCUUGAACUCAUUUCAGAUUGCACGGGAAGUUUACCGAGCCGAGGGAGUGCACGCAUUCUAUCGGGGGCUCGGGAUCUGCAGUAUCAGGGCAUUUAUUGUGAAUGCGGUACAGUGGGCGGCCUACGAGUGGUUGAUGAAGGCUCUGAGCGGUCCGGGGAUGGCCCAUGGGGUGCCAGCCGAGGGUGGAAUCUAA